AUGGCCAAUUUAGGAGGUCUUUUCUUUGCACUUGUCAUCUCUCUGAUUGCACUCAAUCUGAACUCUGUAGAUGCCACAUUUCCAGAGAAUGUUUACUUUACAUGGGGAGGUAAUCAAGCCCAGAUUACAGGUAAUGGUGAUGAUCUUGAGCUUCUGCUAACCAAUUGGUCAGAAAUAGUCUCACUAGUUAAGGCAUCAUCUCCUACCCUGCUAACUAUAUUCCUUGGGAAUUCUGCUGGCACUGUUACAGCCUACUAUUUGUCUUCAACCGGUGACAAGCAUGAUGAGAUAGACUUUGAGUUUUUGGGUAAUUCAUCAGGAGAGCCUUACACUGUCCACACAAAUGUCUUUGCUCAGGGUGUUGGAAGCAAAGAACAGCAAUUUAAACUUUGGUUUGACCCAAAUGCGGAUUACCACAACUACAAUAUACAUUGGAACACAAGUGAAAUUGUGUGGUUUAUUGAUGGGCUGCCAAUCCGAGCAUUUCGGAACUAUGAGAGUAAGGGCAUUGCUUACCCAAACAAGCAAGGGAUGUGGCUUUAUGCCAGCUUAUGGAAUGCUGAUAACUGGUGCACACAAGGUGGGCGUGUGAAGAUUGAUUGGAGCUGUGCACCUUUCAAAGCUGGAUUUAGAAAUUUUAGGCCAAGGGCUUGCCAAUGGAAUGGAGAAUAUAGCAUCAUUGAAUGUGCUGCUAUCACCCCUUACAACUGGUGGACAUCUCCUGUUUACAGCAAGUUAAACGACAGUCAAAUUGGUCAGAUGAAUUGGGUUAGAGACAACUACCUGAUCUACAACUACUGCACUGAUUAUAAGAGAUUCAACUGGAAUAUGCCCACUGAAUGUUAUUUAGAGGAAUAUUAG